AUGGAUGAAGUGGGAAGGAUAAAAAACGAGGGUAGUCAGCGAUUCGAGAAUGGGGAAAGCGGUGCUGCUAACAAGGGAUUUUUCAACUCUGGCAAACGGGAGUUCCAUAACAUUGGAGAGCAUCAUAGUAAAAAGACUACAAUAACAAAAUCGGAGAGCUCUGAGAGUCACAACAUAGGCGGUUCUGAAGAGUUCAACAAUGGGGCGGCAUCCAGCGGAUCCUUUAAGAAACACCACAACGGUGCCAGGCAUUACGGGCACGAGCACGAGAGAGGUGCCCAUGCGUCUGCGUCUACUUAA